AUGACAACACAAACGAUUGAAGAACCAAGAAUUAUCACGGCCGCUGAACUGGCCAAGUAUGAGGGAGCAGACACCCUCUGGCUAGCCGUCCACGGCAAGGUGUAUAACUUGACUGCCUACGCAGCGGAUCAUCCCGGAGGCGUAGAUGUCUUGAAAGACAGUGCCGGCACAGAUGCGACCGAGUCGUUUGACUACGCAGGCCAUCCCAAAAGCGCGGUCCAAAGCAUGGCCAAGUUUUGCAUUGGCAGGCUCGAGGGUAGCCAUGAACUCGUCGCAGAAGAACCGAAAGAGACGCCUGCACUCAAAACAACGGCAGCGCCUGCUGGAAAGUCUUCAUCAGAUAGCAAGACUCGUCUAUUGAUGCCUCUUCUCUUGGUUGGUGCUGGCGCCAGUCUGCCGUUUCUCCCGAAACUUGCCAAAGAGGUUUCGAACAAGCUGCCAUCGAUAAACCACCUUACUCUUCCGUCUUUGGAUCUGGGCAGCUCCGGAUCAAGUACGUUUCUUUUGGGUCUCGCUGUCGGCCUCGGCCCGUUGCUUGCUGGUGUCUGGGCACUCUAUGCUUUGCUCUGCAAAUCUAUGGACCACGAGAAAAAUGUGUUUUCGUAUCCUAGCGUGAUUCCAAACCCAAGGAGAGUGAGGGUUAGAGUUGAAUAA